AUGAUCCAGACGAAUGCGCGACUUGUUUACAGUUGUCAGCCUUUGGCUGACUCAACAGGAACGCCCGUAUCGGAAGUUCUUAUCGACUGGGAACAACCGAUAUUCAGCAUGCAAAGACAAAAGUCCGUGGUUCGAACCCGACUCGCUCUGCCUGUCGACUUCUCCUGUCUAGGAUUGGGCAACCCGGCAGUAUCCCAGCCUCCUUCGUGUGGCAUGGUUGCUGAAAAUUUGUCGACAGCCCACGACCGGUUUCACCCUUCUUGGGGUUCAUCAGGUUGGCGCAGUCGCCAAGUUUCCGUCAACCUUAUUUUCUAG